AUGCAAGCAGGUCUCAGAGAUAUUUGUAGUCCUAUUGAAGACGAAGAAGAAUUUACGUCUUGUCUUAAGACUCAGCAUAACUGGGCCGCUGAUAAAAUCCGGCUCGAAGCUAUUGAGAAUCUAGUUGAAGGUGCAACUCUCGAAAAACUCCUUUGUCGGGACGAUAGCAUCCCCGAAAUCAAGACAGCGAUAUUGAUUGACGGUAACAAUAUCUACGGGGAGCCAAUAUUUAGGCCAUUCCGCGGAGGCUUGAGCGUACCGGAUCUCAUGAACGAACUGAUGAAAACCCCACCGCUUCAUCCACAUAGCGUCAAAUGGCUAAAAGCACCCUUUCUGGUAAGCUACAUUGUGAACCUCAGUUCCUGGGCUGUUGUUGCCCUGCUUGGGUCUGCUCCAGAAUCGUUGUUUCGUGUUCUGGGCACUCUAGUGAAUAACUAUAUUCGCUCCAUAACAUCUCUGAGCGUCUCCUUCUCGACUGAAGGACCAGCCAAUUUCACGAUGGAAUUCUCGUUCCCACUUCGCGUCUGGCGCACAGACUCGAGUUUAAGGAUAGAUGGUAGGGGGAAAACAGCCGGUGGUCAAUCCCUCAGGUCCUCAAGAGACGUGACUUUCUUGAGGCAUCUUUCCGACUGUCACCACGAAGACGGCACCAGAGACGCAAUUUACGCAAGCCAUAUCAGCUGUGCAGUCACAGGGCUUGACCAGUACAGAUGGACUGGGAUACUGUUUGCCGAAGAUUGGUUUGAAACACCGGGAGACGACCCAGCGCCUGACACUAUAGAACGAUACGACAAUGAUCUGAUGGAUGGGCUGGCUUGUGAUCCACUCGCUCGCGGGCGGGUUGACGCAUCAAGGUCUGGUUGGUACCCACGCUCGUACUUUUUGAGCAUCUUGGACAUUCGUUUACUGCAAGCACAUGACGAAUGGCUUGCCUUACUCUUCCGCUUGGAGACAAAGAUCAAAGAAGCCCACAGUCUGUUGCAAGACCUCGACGACUUUGAAGAUGCAGUAGUCGACACAGAGGAACUGCUACGGGAAUGCGAACAAGCGCUCGAAGAAACCCUGAAAUCGCUCAAAUCUUUCAUGGCAACAGACGUCCACUACUUUUUUGGCAACACUCCAGAGCCGACGGGAGCCGACGCUUGUUUCGCACAUCUGUCACAGAUACGAAAUACAUGCAACGCCCUCCAUCGAUUUCAUCGCAAAUCAAGGGCACUCCAAACAGACUGCAGGUCAAUCCUGAAGGCUGGAGAAGCCAUGAGUAAGAAGGUGCGUGGCUGA